GUCGUAUCCUUAUCGUAAGUGUGCUCAUCAGUCGUUUAGUCGAUAGUGUCGACAGUUUUGAAAUAUAGCGGUAUAACUGCCUCACCCCAGCCUCCCAUGAGCUCUGUCCUGCAAAUUGGACAGGGUCCUUGGAAAAUAUGCUCAGGUUGCCCGGAUUGUGUGUAGUUAUAUGCGGCUGUAUUCUCCUUCGUUCUCGCUUUUCCGUUUGUCUUUUGACAUCGCUGUCGUGCUUGCUGGAUAUUACGAGGUUGCGGCAUUCCAUCAUUCUUUGUACGCUCAGCUUCAAAAUAAUCAAAUAGGCAAUUCGCACAAGCGAUAUGUCCACAAGCUGUAGUCGCUGCAUUCGACACCAGAUCAAAGCAAAUUGGACAGGUAAGUUCAUUAAGAACGGGUAAACCAUGAACUUGGGGAUGUGGACUCGGUUCUUUCGAUUUCGCUUUUGUGCUAACGACUGAGGAGGAGCGUGUCGAUGGCGUUGACGUUCUACUGCUACUUGUGGCUGACUUUGAGCGCUCACCAGAACGAAGUCUCUUGCGACUAGGACGUUCUUUAGAUGUAUGGGGUAAGGGAAGUGCGCUGGUAGAAGUUGAUGGUAUCGCAGCCUCGUCAUCACUCUCAUUUGUUAAAUCAAUAACUGCGCUCGUAUUUCGUUUGGCCAUCGUCGAUGUCAAUCGAGAAGUUGUUCUUUAAAGUGAACAACCAUCUAGCAAAUAAUAAUAAAUAAUAAUAAUUAACAAUAACAUUAUACAAUGGAGCAUACACGUUCAGCUGUCACUGCUGUAGUCAUAUUCUACCUCACAGCAGCCAUUAUCAUGGUUCUCGUAAAUAAAGCGGUUCUUAACGUUGAGAAUACACCACCACUCUUUUUCUUAUUCGUACAAUUAGCUAUCGCUGUUAUCUUAUUACUCGCUAGCCAUCUCUUCCGUUUGGUGAGAUUGCCAAAGAUCGAGAGGAAUGUUGCACGGGGAUUGUGGAAAUUGAUCAUGAUAAAUGUAGCUGGACUGAGUUUUAACAACUACUGCCUGAAAUACAUAGACGCAUCUUUCUAUCAAGUCGCACGUGGUCUUGUUUUACCAAUAACAGUAGCGAUAAGCUAUAUUUUCCUCAGAACACGUCCAAGUCCAUGGAUUUUAGGCGCUUGUGUCAUCAUCUGUCUUGGAUUUUUCAUAUCUGUUCAUCCUGGAGAGGCAGAUCUUAACGCGACUGGUAUUGUUUUUGGAUUAUUGUCAAGUCUUACAACAGCCGCACAUGCUGUUAUCAUCAAAACUAGUUUACCAGUCGUAGGCGGAUCAACUAUAGAUCUGGCCUAUUACGUCAAUCUUUUCUCUUCAAUUCUAUUCAUACCAUUAUCAAUUCUCGUAGGUGAGAUACCAACAAUAUAUGCACUCUUCUUCGAGACUGAUAGCAAUGACAUGAUAACAUUUGCUAUUGGUGCUCUCAUAACUGGUGUUGUCGGUUUCCUUAUCUGUAUAGCUGGGUUUUUGAGUAUAAAAGUUACUUCUCCAAUCACACAUAUGGUCAGCUCGGCUGUUCGCUCUGCUUUAAUGGCCAUUCUUGGUGUUGUCUUUUUCCAUGACAACCUGACUACGGAGAAGAUCAUAAGCAUUAUCGUUAUCGUUAUCGGUAGUGUAUUUUAUACCUGGAUAAAAGACAAAGAAAACAAGCCAGCAAUGACAUAUAACAAUGAAGAAUAUGAACAAGUCGAACAACAACCGUUAGAAACGAUACACAUUGAUAGUGAUACCAGACGGAAUUCUGAAGAUAUCCUUUUUGAGGCUCCACCAGAGUAUAGUGAGCAAGAUGCACAUAGAUAAGGAUAUCAUGUUCAUUUAAAUUUUUCUUUAUAAUACUCUAAGGGGUUGGUGCAGUGCACCAUCAUGCAUAGUUUUCAUUAAUUUAAGUUUAUAAUUUACGUUUUAUCUUGUUGAUUAUUCUAUUCAAUGCGUCAUCACCAAGACUUGUCAGAUCAUGACGGUCGAUGAAAUCCAACAAGCGCUUGCAGUCAUCAUAACGACGACUUUCAUAGAAGCCCUUCAUAAGAAUAUAAAGCGUGCCCUUGGUUAUGUGAACAUUAGGUUCAUACUGCAUUUGCUCGAGGAAUACCCAAGGCGCGUAAGCAUUUUGACUAGCCAGACUAGCUUCAAUAAUGUAAUUGAAGAGCACAGGUGUGGGUGACAAUCCACGAAGUUUCAUACGUGCCAUCAACUUCUGUGCUUCUUGUAAGCCAUCCGAUGAAUGGAGGAGGUAGCCACUGAUAACGGAUGUGUAAGUAACUGAUGUAGUCUUCACGCCUUCAUCUUCUAUUCUAUCAAGGAGUGUUAUGGCCUCUUUCAACUGACCCUCCUUCGCGAGAAUAUCUAUCAUUCCCGAAUAAAUGUGAAGAUCUGGUGUGACACCACAAUCUGUCAUUGUCUUCAUAACUACGUUGAUAGCUUCUCCAUGCCCUCUUUUGCGAAGGUAUACCAAUAACAUCGAGAAAGUAUGUGCAUCAGGCGUGAUUCCCCUCUCCCUAAGCUCUCGGAGAAGAUUGAUAGUGGUAGCAUGAUCAUUUUUGAG